AUGUCAUUUAAUAAUGAUGAAUUAGAUGAUUUGGAUGUAACGUUGGAUAAGGCCUUAAGGAAUGGGACCAACAAUUUAUUCACAACAUAUAAUUCCAAUCAUUCAUCUACUAAUUCCCGUCAUGCAUCCCAAGGUUCGAUAAAUAUCAAUGGUAUACCUUUAACCAACUACAAUAAUCAAAUCGAUGAUGAUAGUUCACCUUUAAUGAACACCAGAUAUCAUAGUUCCAAUAGAUCUUUUGAUUCCACGGAAUCCCUAGUUCAUCCUCCUAACUCAUUACCAAGUUGGGUUAACAAAAUCAUCAAAUUCUUCAAGUUAGCCAAAUUCGAAUUAAAUCAAGAACGUAAUAAAUUUAAUAAAGAAGAUCAAGAAAGAUUUGUCAGUCCUCGUGGUAAUAAAUCUCAACAUCAAUACCCCACUAAUGCUAUCUCCAAUGCCAAAUAUAAUCCAAUAACUUUCAUCCCCAUAAUUUUAUAUGAACAAUUCAAAUUCUUCUUCAAUUUAUACUUCUUAUUGGUAGCAUUAUCACAAAUUGUACCUCAACUAAGGAUUGGAUACUUGAGUUCAUAUAUCUUGCCUUUAGCUUUUGUGUUAACGGUUACAAUGAUGAAAGAAGCUGGUGAUGAUAUCUCCAGACGUAGAAGAGAUAUUGAACAAAAUAAUGAAUUGUAUGAAGUUUUAAAUCGUAAUAGCUUGGCUGAUGAUAUUAAAUUAAUCCCUUCAAAAAAUCUCAAAGUUGGUGACUUGGUAAGAAUUAACAAAGGUACAAGAAUUCCUGCUGAUUUAAUCUUAUUGCAAUCUAACGACAAAACUGGUGAAGCUUUCAUAAAGACUGAUCAAUUAGAUGGUGAAACUGAUUGGAAGUUACGUAUUGCCAGUAAUGUUACACAAAAUAUGAACGAUAUCAACGAAAUUGUUAAUAAUAUCCUGUUAAUCAUCAACCAACCAACAAAGUCAAUUCAUCAUUUUAAUGGUAAAUUAAUCUAUCAUCCCAAUGGUUUUGGUAAUAAUGAAGAAUCUUUUCCUCUUUCCAUUGACCAAACUAUGUGGGCCAAUACGGUAUUAGCCUCUGGUUCAAUAGUGGGUAUGAUCAUUUACACUGGAAUUGAAACCAGACAACUGAUGAAUACUACUAAAACAGGAGUCAAAACUGGAUUAUUAGAAUUGGAAAUCAAUAAGCUUUCCAAGAUUUUAUGUAUCGCAGUUUUCUUGUUAAGUGUAGGUUUAGUAGCUGCCAAAGGUUGGCCAUUAUCGAAAUCUUGGUAUAUUGAUAUUUUAAGGUAUUUGAUUUUAUUCUCCACCAUCAUCCCGGUAUCACUUAGAGUGAAUUUGGAUUUGGCUAAAUCAGUUUAUGCUUCUCAAAUUCAUAAGGAUAAAGAAAUUGCAAAUACCAUUGUUAGAACCUCAACUAUUCCUGAAGAUUUGGGAAGGAUCGAAUAUCUUUUAAGUGAUAAAACAGGUACUUUAACGCAAAAUGAUAUGGAAUUGAAAAAAAUUCAUCUUGGAUCUGUAAGUUAUGCUGGUGAUACUUUAGAUAUGGUGUCAGAAUACAUCACCAGUAAUAUCAAGAAUCUAGCAUCUCAUAACCCUAUUUCUAAUAAUUUGAAAAAGAGAGAUUUGAGUAAUAAGGUUUAUGAAUUGGUUUUGACAUUGGCUUUAUGUCAUAAUGUUACGCCAACAUUUGAAGAUGGGACCGACGAAGUAAGUUACCAAGCAGCAUCUCCUGACGAAAUUGCUAUUGUCAAAUUUACCGAAUCAGUAGGUUUGAAGUUGAUACAAAGGGAUCGUAAAUUCAUCUCCAUUCAACAUUUGAGACUGAAUCAAAUCUUUAAGUUUGAAAUCUUAUAUAACUUCCCCUUCAACAGUGAUACUAAGCGUAUGGGGAUUUUAGUACGAGAUAUGAAUAGGGAUGAGUUAUCAUUCUUACAAAAGGGUGCUGAUUCUGUCAUGAUGUCUAUUGUUAAUGCCAAUGAUUGGUUGGAAGAAGAAACUAGUAAUAUGGCCAGAGAAGGUUUAAGAACUUUAGUCAUAGGAAAGAAAAAAAUUAGUAACAAGUUAUUGUUGGAUUUUGAGAACCAUUAUAAAGAAGCCAAUUUGGCCAUGUAUGAUAGAGAUGUCUUAAUGCAAAAAGUCAUAGGUAACUAUUUGGAAAAGAAUUUGGAGUUACUUGGUUUGACAGGGGUUGAAGAUAAAUUACAGAAAAAUGUCAAAUCUUCUAUCGAAUUAUUAAGAAAUGCUGGAAUCAAAAUUUGGAUGUUAACUGGAGAUAAAGUUGAAACCGCUAAAUGUGUUUCCAUAUCAUGUAAAUUGAUCACAAGAGGUCAAUAUAUUCAUCAGAUAACUAAAGUAAACCAUGCGGAUUUAGCUUUGAACCAUUUGGAAAUGUUGAAGAUUAAUCUUAAUUCUGUUUUGUUGAUUGAUGGUGAAAGUCUUUUGACUUAUAUGAAAUAUUACCAGGACGAAUUCUUUAGAUUAGCUAUUCAAUUACCAACGGUCAUUGCAUGUAGAUGUUCACCUCAACAAAAGGCAGAUAUUGCUCAAAUCAUUAAAGAUAUCACAGGUAAAAGAAUUUGUUGUAUAGGAGAUGGUGGUAAUGAUGUCAGUAUGAUCCAAGUUGCUGAUGUAGGUGUGGGUAUUGUCGGUAAAGAAGGAAAACAAGCAUCUUUAGCUGCUGAUUUUUCCAUAGAUCAAUUCUAUUAUCUAAGUAAAUUGUUAUUAUGGCACGGUAGAAACUCCUACAAGAGAUCUGCCAAAUUAGGACAAUUCAUCAUGCAUCGUGGACUAAUCAUAUCUGUUUGCCAAGCAGUCUACUCCAUAUCUUCAGAUUUCGAACCUUUAGCAUUAUAUCAAGGGUUUUUGAUGGUUGGUUAUGCUACUAUUUAUACCAUGAUGCCAGUAUUCUCCUUAACUUUGGAUUGUGAUGUCAAUGAAAAUUUAACCAAACUAUACCCUGAAUUGUAUAAAGAAUUGACUCUUGGGAAAUCUUUGAGUUAUAAGAGCUUCAUUGUUUGGUGUUUAAUAUCAUUUUUCCAAGGUUGUGUGAUUCAAUUAUUCAGUCAAUUCUUCAAAACUUUAGAUACUGACUUAUUCAAUGCUAUGGUAAGCUUGUCAUUCACGGUUUUAGUAUUUAACGAAUUAAUCAUGGUAUGCCUUCAAAUUAAUCAAUGGACCAAAGUGAUGAUGUUGACAGUAAUUGUUACAUUUGGAAUUUACGUAUGUUCAGCACCAUUUUUGACAGAGUACUUUGAUUUAUCUUACAUGUCAUCCUUCUCAUUCUACUGGCAGUUAGUUGUAAUCUUGUCCGUAAGUUUGGUACCAAUUUGGUUAUUUACAACCAUCAACAGAAGAUUACGUCCACCAAGUUAUGCUAAAGUUCAACAAGACUAG